GUGGGUAUACAUUAUUUGCCAAAAUCCGGUGAAAAUUUUCGUGAUUUGUGCACAAUUUGUUGCCAAAAUUAACCACGAUGAGUGAAUUGAAAUGGACUUGUUGAAAGCACUAGAAGAGAAAGAACUAUCAUCUGAUCAAGGAUGGAGCACUGCAAGCCGUUUCAGUACUUCUAAUGAAUCUUUUGCAUCUCUGCAUGAUGUACCCUUGGAUGCCUGGCCAGAGCUGAAUCGUCCAGAAACAAGUGACAAAAAUAUGUCAGUAGAGGAAUCCCAUUCUCAGAUGUGGAAACAUGCAAUGGAUUUUCCUGGCUACGUCCAUCAUAGUUCAUCAAAGCCCAGUGUUCCAGUUCAGUAUUACCCAAACAAGCAGUCAGCUGCGAAUCAGCAGUUCUAUUCCAAGUGUGGCAGCCAGCAGUUUGAUCCUUCUCAAAGCUCUUCUGGGUCAGUUGGGGAAGAUGCUACUUCCCAACACGUCAGCAGUCAGUUGGACUAUUUAGAAUCACAAGAGGCUGUCAUGGCAUUACAGGACUUCAUGGAAAAUCCUACUUCGAGUCCCCAAUCCUCAAUGACGGGCACUGUCUCCAUGGAUUACCAGAACACUAAAUCUCUGUUCAGCCAAGCCAGUAGGCAGACAUCAAAGCUGGAACAAACACGUGUUGAUGGCAGUAGCCCACAGCAUGGGGGAUCUGUUGUAUCAGCAUUGCUUCAACAACAAAGUCCACAUGUUUUAUUGGACUCUCCCAAUGUUAAAGCAGCAGACACGUCGACAGGUAGAGCUGGUCAGAUCAACCAGAUGGGUGGACUUUCGCAAAUAAAUCACAUGAACUCCCCAAUACCCUCUCAGCGUGAACAGCAACAGCAGCUGCUGAGGACAUCUGGGAACCAUUCUGAUAGUGUUCAGACACAUCCAAAUAUUCGCAGUUACAACCAGAACAAGCCUUUUCAAAAUCAGCAGAUGAUCUAUUCACAGAAUGAGCAAAACAUUCACUCUCAAAAUCAGCAAGACAGACAUCCGGUUAACAAAAAUGUUCAGUCUCUAAAUCAAAACAUACCGUAUCAGCAUCAGCCAGGACAGAUGCAGCAUGGUAACAUGGUCACAUACCAUCACCAAUUACACAACAGCCAAAUGUUUCAACCUCGAGCUCAACAAAAUCUGCACUCGCCAAAUGUAAACCAUCGUGGCUUAGAAAUGGCGGGACAGAAUAUGAGUUAUCACCAGAAGCAAAGGCAGCAUUCUUUGAGCACCGCAUCUCUGAAUAUCAAUAAUUCCUCUUUGAAUCAGUCCCAGAAUGCUGACCCGUUGGUUCCAUCAAACAGAGGGAACCCCAGCUUUUCUUCUGCAGAACCUUCACUUGGUGUGCGCCCUAAGUCCAAGCUGGAAAACAUUUUGACACGUGGCCAGAGUAAUGACACUGGGUUGCCGUCACACUUCCUUCAGACAGAUUAUUCCAAAACGUGCGAAUCUCCGAUGCAAAACAGUCCCUACUAUGAUUAUGAUGGCGGAAAAGUUUGCAAUAAUUCAAACUUAAGAAUGCCCAACAUGCAUAAUAUGAAUUCUCCUGUUCAUCGUGACGCUAGGUAUGCUUAUCCCCCUGCUGAUAAUGUAUCGGCACAACUUCAGUAUCACAGUCAGAGCUCUGUCCAGCCACAGUAUGAACAUUUCUCCCCAAGCAGCAGCUACUCUUCUAGUGAUUCACAGUAUGGCAGUCAGACACUGGAUUUCCAACCGAAUAGACAGUCAUUCUCAGAUAGUGGCCAGUCAGUUAGCUCACCACCUUACGAACAUGCUCAGUAUGUUCAGUCGGGAAUUCCACAAUCGACUGUAACAAAUGAAAACCAGAGUUAUGCUCUGCAGAAUCAGUAUGUGAAACAUUCCAAGAGUCUCAAAACUGGUCAGAUGCAACAGAAACAUGGUGCAACUGUCCAGUCCAAAGUGAUCAGUAACCUGAAGGUGGUUGGAGGCAGUUUGCAAAAAGACAUGGUAUAUUCUAUUAAAUCAUCAUCAGGAAAGCGCAUAUGUGCAUCGUGGAAUGGUGAAACAUUUGAAACAGUCGAUCGGUCAGUUGUCCAGAAUCCAUUGGAUCCGCACCUUUCUAUGUUUGGAGAAAACAGAGAGUCUAUGUUAGGUGGUGGAGCAAAAAAUAAUAGCAGGGGUCGUCCUUUGAAAGGAAACGCAACAGGAAUGCACCAGACUUCCUCUUCUGGUGAUCAGCGUAGACAAGGACCAAGAAGUAAGGCUCCAAUGCUGCGACCUGCCAAUUAUUGUGACAAAGCAGAAGAGGGAUCUGAAGUGUUGUUGCCCAAUGGUCGGAUAUGGCAACAUGCUUCACCACUGACUCGAAGACCACUACAUCCAGAAAGAGAAAAAUUGGCUACAGGUUCUACAUCUACAGUUCCAGUUUCCAAAGGUAUAAACUCGUUUCAAGAUCAAAGCAAUAACGAUAUGUCUGAGGCACAAGCUGCAGAAGAAAAAAUUCCUCCAAAACCGCCAAGAAAGCGCUUUACAUCAAAUGGAGAGGAACUGUUGGCAGUGUGUAAAUUUUGUGGAUAUACCAGCAUCGAUUUAGACAAAUGUGAGCGGUGUUUUCGAAGGCUUCCAGAGGAUGCAAAACUUACGACAUUGUUAAAAAAGACAAAAACUGGCAACAUAAGUCAGAGUGGGGGAAGCAGUAAUGUGACAAUUGACAAGAAGUCAUUUUACGGGAAGGUGGUCAGUGAGCAAGAUAUGCCUUACAAGAAUGAAGAUAGUGUGAAGCCACCUCCAGGUGGACCCCAAGUCGAAGAAGAUUCACCUGUAGGUUUGAACACUAAAGGCAUCAGCUCUGUGAUCAAAGGAAAACCUGGACGGAAGCUAGCACAAAACAAAAUGAAGCCAACCAAGCCGAGAGCAAAGAAAUCCAAAUCUCUAGUCCCAGAAACUGUGACUAUUUCAUCUGAUGAAGAAACAGACUCGAACUCUUCCCAGGCGAAAAACUUUGCUCUUGUUGCUCCUGUGUUGGGUCAGUCUCAUACUGAUGCGCACGCAGAAGCCGAGGCAGCACCAGCCAAGCCUGAAGAGAAAGCUGAAGAUGACCUUCCUCUCUUUUCUGUGGAAGUUCCGAAAAAACAGCCAGUCUCCAGACGAGGCAGAAUGGAAGAUGAGCAAGGAAGACUUGUUAAAAAAUCAAAAAAGACGGCACACAUAGAGGAAGAAUUAGAAAUGCCUGUUUGUGAUAGCACACAAGAGGAAUGUACCACAGUGGCACUGAAUGCUCGCAGUGUGCGAAUUGGAGCAUUGAAACUGACCCCAGCAAAAAAUAUUUUGGUGACAGAUAAAGCCAUUCACUUUAAUUUGUCAUGUGAAGCAACCGAAGAGAACUAUCUGAUAGAACUGACUGCUCAUGAGAUUGAAAGUUGCCAGGGAUACUUGAGACAUCCUUUGCCACUCCUGUUUUUUAUCACAACACCUGCCUGUGGCAUAAAGCUACGGAAGCAACUGAAGAAGGGAAAGCAAGAAUUCUUUGAUCCCAAAAGUUCAGAUCCCAAAAUCAAGUACAUUGUUAUAAUAAUCAACAAAAUGGAAGACUGUGACAAAACUGCUAUACGUAUGCUUUUUAAACACUAUUCAAUGAUAAAAAAGAACAAAAAGAAUAUUUUCUCCGAGAUGACCUCUGACGAGUCCCAGAUGUUGUUGAUAACCACUACACCUCAGGUGAAUGACAAUGUCAAGAACCUUUGCAAUCGUGCAAUUAAUGCAAAAGAAGAGGAAAAGGAAAGAUUGGCAGCUUCUCCAUCCACGCUAUCAAGCAUCGAAGAUACGAGCGAAGACGGAUGUCGUUCAAGAUCUGCGUCUCCACUCAGAAUUGGAUUCAGUGGGAAAAUAGAAAAGCUUGUCACUUACCCUCCACCUCCAGCUCCAAGAGGUAUCACCAUUACCAAUGAAGAUCUCUUUUGUUUGAAUGAGGGAGAGUUUCUGAAUGAUGUCAUCAUUGACUUCUAUCUCAAAUACCUCUACCUUGAAAAACUAAGUGAAACUGACAGAAAGAAGAUUCACAUAUUUAGUUCCUUCUUCUACAAAUGUCUGACACAGAAACAACCUCGGAAUAGUUUACCAGAAGAUGUUGCUAAAAAAUCGCCUGCAGUCAGACGCCACAGUCGAGUUAAAACAUGGACCCGUCAUGCAGACCUGUUUGAAAAGGAUUUUAUUUUAAUACCUAUCAAUGAACAUGCUCAUUGGUUUUUGGCAAUCAUUUGUUUUCCUGGUAUGAAUGAUGCAGUGUGGCAUCCCUUUCAUCCUCGUAUGUCGGCAAACGACAAUGGAAAUGCUGCUGCAGAACAGUCCCAGCAGGAACCUGAGCCGAUGGAAACAGAAGCGCCACAUGAAAAUGGUGAAGAAGGUGGUGCUCUUAAGGAAAUACGUGGUUCCCCUGUCGAUGUUCAGUUGUGCCUUGAAGGAGAAGAAAAAAGUGACUUUAAUUUGGGACUGAAGCAACCAUGUAUCUUAAUAUUUGACUCUCUGGCCGGACCCAGUAGAACCAAUGUGAUCAAGAUCCUCAAAGAAUACAUGCAAGUUGAAUGGGAUUCUAGGAAAUCAGAGAAAAGAAAUCUACGUGAGGCCAUGAAGGGAAGAAAUGUCCAAGUGCCUCAACAAACUAACUACAGUGAUUGUGGUGUAUAUGUUUUGCAGUAUGCAGAAUGUUUUUUCUAUGAUAAAAUUAUGGACUUCAGUUUGCCAAUGAAGGGUUUGAAAACUUGGUUUAAGGAUGAAGUAGUACUUCGUAAGAGAGACGAAAUCAGAGAACUGAUACUCGAUUUGGCAAAACGAACCCAGACUGACAAUAGUGCUGCCAGCUGAUACUUUUUUGUUGAAAACAUGGUGACUGAAAUUCAACAGUAAAUUCAGGAAUUAAAAAACAAUGAAAGAGACAGUUGAAUGAGAUGGUUAUGCAGACUUGUUUUUGAAGGGUGCAAGUGUAAUCGAGCCCAGGAAUUCAAUCGGAGGGAUGUGAAGCUGUAUUUCACGACAUACACAGAUUAUUUUAAGGAGUGUUAAUUUUCUCUCCUUAAUAUGUAUAGAAGUGCAAUUUUUCACACAUCUGGGUUUGUUUUUGUUGUUGGGUUUUUUUUCACAUCACAUGGGUCAGAUUAUAUCUGUACAUAAAUACCAUCGUCAGAACUGUCGAUUGAGUGCUGGAAUCAGCAAGCUGGAUAUAUUGAUCCUGGGCAUCUGUGAUACAUGUUAAAAGUGGCAUUUGUUCAAUUAUGGGAUUGUUCGAUACAAGGCUUGGAGGUCUAUUUGAAGGUGCCUGGAUUUAUAACUGUUAUCUUAUUAUCUAUUAUAAAAUUUGUGCUAUGGAUGAUGUCGUUGUCGUUUAACUGUCUGUGAUGUCAUUGUUUGACAUAAAUCAUGUGAGGGUGACUGUUCAUAAUGACAAAGCUGGAAUGUUUAAAAUUCAUUAUUUAACAGGUGAUAAGUAUGUCACUUGGAACAACUAGGUGGUAUUAAACAAAAUCAGGAUUUACACUCAUAGGAGUUACCGAAAGCCAUAGUUGUUUUCCUCAUGAUCUAUGAAAUAAUAGUAUGAUUUGCUUCUGUUCAGUCAAGGGUAUAUUUCAUUCUGUCUUCUCCAUUGUGUCCAAAUAUCUUAACAAUGCUUAGACAUGGAGGAACUUAAAUUAUAACAAUUUUAUGAACUUUUUAAAGAAAUAAAUUAUUGAUGAUGGGUAAGGAUGUUGUAACUAGUGGUGUUUUAAUCAUUUUAUUUUCAUUUGAUUUGUUAACUUUUUUGUUUUGAUACACACUUACUAGAUUGGAUACAUAUACAUGUAGUUAUUUUUAUGCAAAAUAACUUUGUAAUUUGACAAGGGAACAUUGUUUAAAAAAUAACUUUGAAGAUGGUAAUAGUGCUGUUUAGUCAGUUUUGAUAAAUUAUUUUUUGAGAAAAGUAUGAAAAAAGGAAAUUAACAAUUGAUCCAUGCAACAAAAUCAAGAUUUUCAUGAUAUACUACACUUCAUGUAGAAGGUGCACCAAAUCUGUGAUUUUCUAGCAACAUCUUUUUAUAUUAUUAUUCUGACAUAGAAUUAAUUAUGCAGUCCCUAUCCUUAUUUUAUCCUCCAAAUAUCUCAGAAAUUAAUGAGAGAUAUUUUAUGGUGUAGCUCUUAGGAACUUUGUCUCAAGACCAUUACCUAACUGGGUUAUUUUCAGUUUUGUUACUCCUUGUAUUCAUUUUUUUUUUAAACUUGACAUGCAUAUUAAUUAUGAAAUGCGAUUAAAUCGAAAAAGAUCAAUUAAAAAAAAAGCAAAUUAUAUUUUUUUUAGCAUGCUGUAAAUUGGGGAAAUGUUAGCGAGCAUAAAAUUUUAGAAAAUUUAACUAGGCUUUACAAGGCACUAAUAUUUUACGACUCUAAAUUGAAAGAAAUGUACAACAGACUUUGUGCAAUUGUUUUUUUAUGGUGAUUAGCUAAACACCCAACAAUGGUUACAUGCUACUGAUUAAACUAAAAAGAUAGCAAACAACAAUAGUUAAAGCAAUUUUCUACCAAAUGUAAGUUGUCUAAUCUGCAAAACAUAAAAAUUUAUCAAAAGUAUUAUUUCAACUGAUCAAAGAAAGAAAGAAAGAAAUGUUUUAUUUAACGAUGCACUCGACACAUUUUAUUUACGGUUAUAUGGCAUCAGACAUAUGGUUAA